AUGUCUUCGCCGUCUGCGAACGGUUCUCCCGUCGCGUCCCGCGACGAAUCUGCUACUCCCACUCCUAGUGGUAAAGAGUCUCCUUUCGUGGAGCGCAGCAACCCCAUGGGCUCCGGAGCCGCCCAAACAGUCAGCUCCCGCGACCCCAAGGCUGUGGCCCAGGCUGCUAGCGAUAUGAAGAAUGUUGUCCGCCGCAAGCUCACCGGCUAUGUUGGUUUCGCCAACUUGCCUAACCAGUGGCACCGUAAGAGUGUCCGCAAGGGUUUCAACUUCAACGUCAUGGUGGUCGGUGAAUCUGGUCUCGGAAAGUCGACUCUCGUCAACACCCUGUUCAACACCUCUCUCUACCCCCCGAAGGAGCGCACCGGCCCCAAUGCCGAUAUCAUCCCCAAGACCGUCUCGAUCCAAUCCACCAGUGCCGAUAUCGAGGAGAACGGUGUCCGUCUCCGCCUGAGCGUUAUUGAUACCCCCGGAUUUGGUGACUUUGUGAACAACGACGACUCGUGGCGCCCUAUUGUCGAGAACAUCGAGCAGCGUUUCGAUACCUACCUUGAAGCUGAGAACAAGGUCAACCGCAGCAACAUUGUCGAUAAUCGCAUCCACGCCUGCGUCUACUUCAUCCAGCCCACCGGCCACUCCCUGAAGCCUCUGGACAUCGAAGUUAUGCGCCGCCUGCACACCAAGGUCAACCUGAUUCCCGUGAUCGCCAAGUCCGAUACCCUGACCGACGAAGAGAUUGUCCUGUUCAAGGAGCGCAUCCUCGCCGAUAUCUCCCACCACUCCAUCCAGAUCUUCGAGGGACCCCGUUACGAGCUUGAUGAUGAGGAGACCAUUGCCGAGAACCAGGAGAUCAUGUCCAAGGUGCCGUUUGCAGUUGUCGGUGCCAACGCCGAGGUCAGCGCCGCCGAUGGCCGUCGCGUCCGUGGCCGUAGCUACCCCUGGGGUACCAUCGAGGUCGACAAUGAGGAGCACUGCGACUUCGUUAAGCUACGCCAGAUGCUUAUUCGCACCCACAUGGAAGAGCUCAAGGAGCACACCAACAACUUCCUGUACGAGAACUACCGCUCGGACAAGCUCACCCAGAUGGGUGUUGCCCAGGACCCCAGUGUGUUCAAGGAGGUCAACCCUGCCGUCAAGCAGGAGGAGGAGCGUGCCUUGCACGAACAGAAGCUGUCAAAGAUGGAAGCCGAGAUGAAGAUGGUCUUCCAGCAGAAGGUUUCCGAGAAGGAAAGCAAGCUCAAGCAGAGCGAAGACGAACUCUACGCCCGACAUCGCGAGAUGAAGGAUCAGCUCGACCGGCAGCGCCAGGAGCUGGAAGAAAAGAAGAACCGACUCGAGACCGGACGCCCAAUCGAAGAAAAGGGCAAGCGCAAGGGUUUCUCCCUCCGCUAA